AUGUCGCAAACUAAUUGGGAAGCUGACAAAAUGUUGGAUGUCUAUAUCCAUGAUUAUUUAGUGAAGAGAGAUUUGAAGGCCACAGCUCAGGCUUUUCAAGUUGAAGGGAAAGUAGCAUCUGAUCCUGUUGCUAUCGAUGCACCUGGUGGUUUUCUGUUUGAAUGGUGGUCCGUCUUUUGGGAUAUAUUCAUUGCCAGGACUAAUGAGAAGCAUUCUGAAGUUGCUGCCUCGUAUAUUGAGACUCAGUUAAUGAAGGCUCGAGAGCAGCAGCACCAGCAACAGCAGCAACAGCCGUCACAGCCCCAGAAUUCACAACAGCACCAACAACAGCAGAUUCAGCUUCUAUUACAAAGACAAGCUCAACAGCAACAACAACACAAUCAACAACAACAACAACACAAUCAACAACAACAGCAACAGCAGCAGCAACAGCAACAACAACAACAGGGUCAUCAGCAGCAACAACAAAGGCGCGAGGGAGGUGGACACGUCAUGAAUGGAUCGGCCAAUGGAAUUGUGGGAAACGAGCCACCAAUGAGAAGGAAUACUGGUGGUACUGCAAAUGCGUUGGCCACGAAGAUGUAUGAAGAGAAUUUGAAGAGGGAUUCUUUGGAGGAUGCUGCUUUGAAGCAAAGGUUUGGUGAUAAUGUGGGCCAGCUUUUGGAUCCAAAUCAUGCGGCCAUCUUGAAAUCAGCUUCAGCCUCUAGCCAGCCAUCUGGGCCAAUGUUGCACGGUGCUGCUGGUGGAAUGUCUUCACAAGUUCAAGCACGGAGCCAACAAUUUCCAGGGUCUACAGCAGAUAUCAAAGCAGAAAUAAAUCCUAUCCUGAAUCCAAGAGCUGCGGGCCCCGAAGGAUCACUGAUUGGAAUCCCUGGUUCGAAUCAAGGAAAUAACAAUUUGACGCUGAAAGGUUGGCCUUUAACAGGCCUCGAGCAACUUCGUUCUGGGCUCCUGCAACAGCCAAAAUCGUUCAUGCAGGGACCACAGCCCUUCAAUCAAUUGCAGAUGCUGACACCUCAGCACCAGCAACAACUCAUGCUCGCUCAGCAGAGCCUCGCUUCUCCACCCAUCAGUGAUGUCGAGAGCCAAAGGUUGAAAAUGCUUUUUAACAACCGAAGCUUCUCUAUGGGUAAAGACGGGCUCUCUAAUUCAGUUGGUGAUGUGGUGCCUAAUAUUGGGUCCCCUUUGCAAGCUGGCUGCCAGGUUUUGCCUCGUGCAGAUACCGAGAUGCUAAUGAAGUUGAAAUUUGCGCAAAUGCAGCAGCAUCAGCAGAGCAGUAACCAAUCACAACAGCAACAACUUCAGCAACAUGCUCUCUCUGGUCAGCAGGCGCAAAGUUUGAUUCACAAUCUGCAGCAAGAUAAGAUUAUGGGUAGUGGCAGUGUCACAGCUGAUGGUAGCAUGUCCAAUUCAUUCCGAGGAAAUGAUCAGGCUUCAAAAAGCCAGGCUGGGAGAAAAAGAAAGCAGCCCGUAUCUUCUUCAGGCCCCGCCAACAGCUCAGGAACAGGAAAUACGGCGGGGCCUUCUCCAAGUUCAGCCCCAUCAACACCCUCGACUCAUACACCGGGAGACGUGAUGUCGAUGCCAGCCUUGCCACACAGCGGCAGCUCCUCAAAGCCUCUGAUGAUGUUUGGGGCCGAUAACACGGGCACUCUCACUUCACCAUCAAAUCAGUUGUGGGAUGAUAAGGAACUCGGGCAAGCUGAUAUGGAUCGUUUUGUGGAUGAUGUAGAGGAUAAUGUGGAGUCUUUCCUGUCGCAUGAUGAUGCCGACCCCCGAGAUGCGGUUGGCCGCUGUAUGGACGUUAGCAAAGGAUUUACAUUCACAGAAGUGAAUUCUGUUCGUGCUAGUGGAAGUAAAGUUGCUUGCUGCCACUUCUCAUCAGAUGGAAAACUGCUUGCCAGUGGUGGACAUGACAAAAAGGCUGUUCUAUGGUACACGGAUUCUUUGAAGCCGAAAACUACGCUCGAAGAACACUCUGCACUUAUUACUGAUGUCCGUUUUAGUCCUAGCAUGGCCCGCCUUGCCACAUCAUCUUUCGAUAAAACCGUCAGGGUCUGGGAUGCGGAUACUCCGGGCUACUCACUUCGUACCUUUACCGGACAUUCUGCUGGCGUGGUGUCCUUGGAUUUUCAUCCCAAUAAAGAUGACCUCAUCUGCUCGUGUGAUGGUGACGGUGAAAUAAGAUACUGGAGUAUAAACAAGGGGAACUACACCAGAGUUUUCAAGGGUGGCAGUGUCCAAGUUAGAUUUCAACCUCGUCUCGGAAGAUAUCUUGCAGCUGCUGCUGAGAAUGUAGUGUCGAUUCUUGAUGCUGAGACAAAUGCAUGUCGUCAUUCAUUGAAGGGCCACACGAAACCUAUUCAUUCCAUUUGCUGGGACCCAUCUGGAGAGCUGCUGGCAUCCGUUAGUGAGGACUCGGUUAGGGUGUGGACAUUGAGAUCUGGAAGUGAAGGAGAAUGCUUGCACGAGCUCAGUUGUAAUGGAAACAAAUUCCAUUCUUGCGUUUUCCACCCGACGUAUUCGUCCUUGCUCGUUAUUGGUUGUUAUCAGUCUUUGGAGCUUUGGAACAUGAGCGAGAACAAAACAAUGACCCUUUCAGCUCACGAAGGACUAAUUGCAUCAUUGGCUGUGUCGACAGUUGCAGGCUUGGUUGCGUCUGCAAGCCACGACAAAAUCGUCAAACUUUGGAAGUGA